CAGACUUUUUCUGCAGAACAGCAGAAGCACCUGGCUGCCAGCAUCACCUCCUUCCUGUCGCGGUACAAGCACAUCACCGACUCUUAUAUCAUCGUGAGUGCACGUGUGUGGGGUGCUCAAUAAGGCACUGUCUCGUAAGAUGUACGAUGAUAAUCAGGAGGAGCUGGUUUAGCUCUGAGAUUAACAAAAAUGUUAUGCACAACCCAUGCCGAGCUAGCACCAGGGAGUCCACUGGACACAGAGAUUUCCAUGGCGGUACUGGACCGACCAGCCAGCCAGCAUCAGCCGCUGCUGUUCCUGAAGGGGUUUGUAGCCACCAACCACUGCCUGAACCCACCUCGAAGCUUGUCCAAAAUGACCCAUGAGCCAGGUCUGCUGUUUCCUUCAGCCAGUCUGAGGCCUUGUGCCGCUGCUGAUUUUAGACGACCUACGAAAUCCAGAAUGUGGAUUAUCACCCUGGAGGACCUGGCAUCUAGAUCGGAAAUCUCAUACUCCAUUCCUGGAAGGCCAGGUGUCUGGUUUGGAUUUUUGUUCCAUCCAAGCUGUCAUAGUUGGUGUAAUUACUGACUUGAGUCCACAUGUGAUUAUACUUAAAAUGAAUUGACUAUUUUGAGUACAGUCAACCUGUGGCCCUUUGAGUUCUCCACAUUACAGUAUUUUGUUACAAACUGCUCUCCAGUUCUUUACCAGGAUUGAUAUGGCAUUUAAGGAGCUGGUUGUAUCAAACCACUGCGCUAGUUUGGAAAAGAGUCAGAUGAGUUUUUCAGUGAGGGUCUUUGGGACACACUGCCCCCUGCCUGGCAGGAGGUCCUGUGCAGCCUGUCAGCCCCCCAGAUAGCAGACCUGCUGCUGGACAGCACCCCCCAAGGUGGACGGAGCUAUGCGUCGGUGUGGCCACUCUCGCUGCUGGCCUUCAGAGAGACGGCACACGCCCUGGCCUUUCCCAGAAUGCCCUGCCGCCAGGCGGCGGGAUGUGGGCGGCCGGCGGAGUUCCAUCAGAACCCCUGCCAGAGCUCCUUGCUGACCCACAUCUUCCGCAAACACGUCAAGCCCAAGAAGCAGCACGAGAUCCGGCGGCUGGGAGCACUGGUGAAAAAGCUCUCUGACCUGACUGACUGUCGCAAGGUUGUGGAUGUGGGGUCUGGCCAGGGUCACCUGACUCGUUUCCUGUCCUUUGGGCUUGGCCUGUCUGUGAUUGGCAUGGAGGCUGACCCCGCCCUCGUUUCCAUGGCCGCCAAGUUUGACAGACAGCUGCUGUGCACACUGCAAAAGGAGACCCAGCGAAAGAAUGGGGGGGCACAUGUCUCUCUGUUGCCCACUGGCCCCUUGCCGAGUCAUGUGACAGGGUGGGUCAACCCCAGGGCAUCAUGGGAGGAGUUCACAAAACUGCUGCAGAGGGCUGAGGGCCAGGGUGUGCAGGCUGGCACCCCUGGGAACAGGAAGAGACGGGAGGACGGCCUGCCACACGCAGACCAGGAGCCCCUGCCUGUGUGCCAGCCUCUCUGUCCAGAAACACCACCCGGCUGCCAGAACCGUGCCUGGGGGGAAGGGAACUGCACACAGCUGAGAUCAGAACCCCAGAACUGCUGUGAAGGCUUGAAUUUUAAACCUGUUCCAGAGGACAUUGAUCCAGGUAAGACUUGGGACGUGGCAGGGAUGCACCCUGAGUGCUCUCAGAACCAGGCGCGAGAAGACGCAGAGUUCUGCCCAAGUCCAAAACCCUCACGGACAAACUGUAAUCCUGAUCAGAACCCAAGUCAGUUGACUGCGAGCCCAGAACAGACCUGCCCUGCCCGCUUUCCCUGCUGGGCCAGCAGCAAGUCUCCCUGUCUGGAUCACACGGGGGCACCAGUGGCAGAAAACGGGCCCGAAGCAGGGGGCUUCAUCCUGACCGGCCUCCACGCCUGUGGAGACUUGAGUUCUGCUCUCCUGCGCCACUUUGCCAACUGCCCCGACGUUGUGGGCAUCACAUCUGUGGCCUGCUGUUACAUGAAGCUCAGCACGGCUGAUAACCCCACCCCUCCCGGAGUCCUACCUCCGCCCAGCCCCACCCACGGAGGAGGGGCUACCUUGAAGGGGGAGGGCCCCAGCUGUGGGUAUCCAAUGAGCUGUUAUGUCAAAGCGCUGCCUGGACACCAGCUGUCCUAUAAGGCGCGGGAAGGGGCGUGCCACGCCCUGGAGGACUACGCCCAGCGACUCCGCAGCGAGAGUGGGCUGCUGAAGACCCACUGCUACCGUGCCGUGCUGGAGACUGUGAUCCGGCGGGUCGAACCGCGGCUGCGAAGGCCUGGCAUCCAGACGAUAAAGAAGGCGCACGAGCUGCCUUUUGCAGAGUACGCCCGCCUGGGCCUGCGGCGGGUGGGGCUGCCAGCCGAUCCCCCACUGGACAGCGCCAGUCUGGACGCCAUGCUGUCCCAGCAGGGGAAGGUGGUGGCGUAUUUCAGCCUGGCCCUGCUCCUGGCGCCCGUGGUGGAGACGCUGGUACUGCUGGACCGAAUCCUCUACCUACAGGAGAGAGGCCUGAAGAGCCAGCUGACCCCUCUCUUCGAUCCUCACUUCUCUCCCCGGAACCUGGUCCUGCUCGCGGUCAAGCCGGCCGGGAGCGGGGGUCACAGAGCCCGGCGGGAUGGCCGGGAUGUUCCCAGGGGAGCUGCUGUCUGCCAUCCGGGAGCCGUUCUUGGGACACGGCCCCAGGAAGGGAGCCGACUGUUGGAAUAGGGAGAAUUCCCUAUCCCAUUGCUCAGCUCUCCCGCCCACAGGCCUUCGACCUGCAUGUCGGCGGUGAUACGUCAGGGCCUCGGGUUUCGGAGCUGUUCCCCAGGACUCUUUCGUUUUCCAUGAAACUCGCCCUCCCACUGACGUUUUUAAAUAUUAAGUACAUCAUUUGGAGAAAUGCCUCCCUAAUCUGUCAAGUACCGUUUUACGAAAUGUAUAAUCCUCAAUAAAACUGCAAAGUA